GGCGGUUCCCCCAUACUGUUGUUGUGGUUGUGAAUAAGUCCCACGAGAUCUGAUGUGAAAGUUUUACGAGGGUUUCGCCUUUCAGUCGGUCUCAUUCUCUCCUGCUGCUGCUAUGUAAGAUGUGCCUUUCACCUUCCGCCAUGAUGGUGGGGCCUCCCCAGCCAUGUGGAACUGAAUCCAUUCAACCUCUUCUUCUUUAUAAAUUACCCAGUCUUGGGUAUGUCUUUAUCAGCAGCAUGAAAACUGUCUAAUACACCCACCCAGAGACUGCAGGUGGCUUUGUGGAGACCCCAGUGACGCCCAUUUGCUCUUGUUGCUCCAGACGACCCAGCACUUAUUGGAGAGAGACAGCGGCCUCCUCUCCCAUCCUGGCAGCAUCCGCGGGGCUCCCAACAUCAGAGCAUCCAGAGCAGGUGCCUCUGAGGAACCGUCCCAGGAGGCCAGGCAGUGCCAGAGCGUGUGUGAGGCCAAGGCCCCCACCCUGCACCCACCACUUGCCCAGAGAGCUGAGGCCUCUUGGGUGCUGAGGGGCUGUGGGCUCUUCAAAAGAAGAGAUCAGAAGGAGGGGAGCCUGCAGCCUGGGGGUCACCUGCUUCCCCCUGGCUGAGGAGUCCCAGGCGCAGGAAGCGGGUCCUGGGGUGGGGGCGCCGGCUCACAAUGUGCUCGUGAAGGGGCAGAAGGGGCCGCCCAAAUAAGCCGCACUGUUGUAAGGGUUGUUUUUGAGCUGAAACAGCCGUCCACAAGGAUAAGAACGCUGCUGUUUUCUGGCUCUGGAGAGUGUCUUCCCCGUGGAGUGUUACCUCCCUUUCGGGAAGGAAAGGCCAUUCCCGGCCACACAGACCGUGCUGGAGUGCGUAUGCCUUUCUCCAGCUCAUCUGCUGAUUUUAAUUAUCAGGCCCAACCAAAAAGCCCUGAGAGGUAAAAUGUUGCCUCCCCACCCACCGUGGUCUGGAGGCUGGAGGAAACGGCGUGCCAGGGAUUUUCUCUUUGGCUCAGUACAGGCUGAACUCUGUCCCAGCAAAUCCUCAUGCUGGAGCUGUGACCCCGUGACCCUCAGGACCUCAGGGUGUGGCUGCACUUGGGCGUGGAGCUGUAGAGAUUGUCAAGGUAAAGCGAGGCUGUACGAGUGGCCCUGACCCAGUGUGACCGGCGUCCUUAUGAGAAGGGGUGACAAGGACGCAGCACACAGGACGACCACGUGAGGACACAGAAUAUGUCAUCUUUGCGCCAGGGAGAGAGGCCUCGGGGAACCAGCGCUGCGAGACACCUUGCCCCCAGCACCGGAGGGAAUGAGCUCCCGCUGUUGAAGCCGCCUGCCUGGGAGUGCCAGCAAACCCACACCGACCUGUGCAGCUCACACCGUCGGCCCGGAAAGGCCUCCCCAGAGCCCCGGCCACAGCAGGGUUUCGUCCUGGCGCCAUGUGGGUGAGGAGAGGCGCUGGGCCGGCAGCAUUUGCACCCACCACUGCCUGCAGGGGCUGCCUUUGUCUUCCUGAGUUGAUCUGUGUCCCAUUUGCCCUGCUAGGGAGAGAAAGACCCAAAUACCCCGUCAAAGAGGAGACCGGUGUCUGUGCUGCAGGGAGCCCUGUUAGGGCCUGGUGCCAGUUCCCCGCCCUCCCUGGUGGAGAGACCAGAGAUGUGAAAACGCAGAACCCGCCCCAACCCUGGCCUGCAGGAAAGAAGAAGGGAAGACGCAGAACUCGCCCCAACCCCGGCCUGCGGGAAAGCCGUGCUGUGCUGCGAGGGACCAGCCGAUCUUUGGCCUCUGACCUUACAGUGAUGUCACAGCAGACCCAUGAGUCCGAAGAUCAAGGGAAAGACCCAAGCAGUAACACGGAAGAUGCUAGCUGUCAGGAAAACCUAGCACAAGACAAGAAGGAAAGCGUUGGCACCCUUGGGAAGCUGGGUCAUGAGAGUGGAAAACGAGACCCAGAGAGGGAGAAGAGCGACUCAGAGGCGAGCACGCGAACGGAGGCGCAGGAGGCCAAGGAACAGGAGGCAGAGUCCAUAAAGCUAAAUGACCUUCAGGAAAAAGAGAAAGCAUCUGUGUUUGUGGAGAUUGACCUGGGAGACCAUGCUGAGGAGGUGGUCACCGAUGCCAAGAAGGAAGAGAAGCCGUCCCAGAUGGACGUGGGAGAUCUGUCAGAAGACGCGAUACAGACCAGCUGGGUGUGCUGCAUCCCGUACUCCACCAGGAAGAGGGUGAAGGAGAGCGCCGCGCCUAGCGCCCCAGAGAGGGUGCUCAGAGCUUGGCGAAGAAGAGGAAGGAGGCGGGGCCUGGAAGGAGCCAGCGCACAGACUGCACCUUUGGGCUAAAGAUCCCGCCAGCCCUGAGCAAUGCCGGGGCACCGAUGACCAUACCAGGUGUGAGCCAUGCCUGAAACCCACUGCCCACUGGGUGAGUGAUGAUGUGACCUUAAACAAACACAAUAAACAAGCACGGGAAGAUGCACCUCCUCUCCACCAGAUAUUCCUCCUCUCCACCAGCUGGAGGGCUCCAGCCCCUUCCUGCCCUGGCCUCUUGCUCAGUGGCUUGUUGGGUGGGGACAGAGGCCCCUGGGGCACAGCAGGGGAGGCUCAGUCCUCUGUGGGCCUCGUGUGAGCUGCAGCUCCUGGAAGCACCCCUACCAAGCAGGGGUGAGAGGUGCAGGGCAGGGAUGGAGCGUCUGCUGUGUCGCCAGAGUGCCCGCAGGAGACAGGAGCACGGUGAACGCAGCUGAGCCCCGUCUGUGACUUCGAGAGCAACAGUGACUGUGGUGCUGGCACUAGGAUCUGUCCCUGGAGGGAAGCCACAUGCCCCCCACUCAGAGGAGGAGAGGGCGUCUUCCUAGGGGUAUGGGGGCUCCAGGACAUGCCUGUAAGACGAGUUUCACCAGAACCCACCCAGAGCUCUCGCGUUCAGACACGCACACGUGCAUAUUCUCAUGUACACAGCACAUGCAAGCUUGCACAUACCACACACGUGCACAGGAGGGCACGGGCAGGUGACCUGCAGCAUCUCUGAUCCGGGUGUCUCUAAGGCAGUCAGAGGCCACAGGCAGAGAUGCUGUGUGCACUGUCUAUUCCCGUGGAGACACACGGGGGCCGUCCCUGUGGUGCAGAUGAUAACGCAGAGGCUCACGGAGGGUGAGCUCUGCCCAUCACUCAGCCAGGGAGGGAGGGGCCCUUUUCAGGGAGCCGCAUGCUGUGCAGAGCUUGUCCCCCUGGGUAGUUCGCUCUGAUCAAAGUGGGGCACUAUCCAGGCCGAAGAGAGAAAGGGGACCCCCCAAAGCCAGCACCCACCCUUGACUGAAAGACAUCACAAAAGAUAAGUGCCCAUCGGCCCCAGUCACCCUUUCCCAGACAACCGGAAAUGGGCCCCGAACCGGCUGUCCUGGGUGGGUGCGGCCCUGAGGCCCAACCGGUAAAGCGAAGCCUCCACGUGGCAUCACGGGGCUGAAGAAGCCAGACAGCCACCGCCUGUCCCACCGUGAGGCGAGGGCCGCUGCCAUCCUGGCUGCUGGGCAGUUGGGCGUGACUCAGUUGUGGCCUCUGUGCCAACCAGAAAGGCACCCAGAGAAGCUUCUGGAAAUAUGGUUGGUUUGUCCCCUUGGUGGGGCAGGAGGCGUCAGCUCUGCCGAGUGGCUCCCAGCACCCUCCCCCACAGAGCAAGCAUCGGCGUGAGCCCGUCCACCCGUGCAUUCGUCCUGUCGCCGCGUGUGGCUGGCCUCACUCUGGGUGUGUUGGCGGCAGCCACCUCUAGGACAGGGAGGUCCCACGGCUCUGCAGACGCAGGAGCUUGGCGGUGGCUUAGCUGUUAGAAUAUGAGCCUUCCAGAGUUGGACGCGCCUUUGCCUUCUGUUGGGCUCUGAGCUGAUUUCCUCAAACCCAGGGUAAUUCUGUUCCUCCUUCACUGUCUGGUGGGGUGGGGGUCACAGCGUCCGGGGGAAGAGCUGAUCAGGGCCAGUGCUGGGUGGGAAGGGCUGACUCCUGGGACCCCGGAGAGGUGAUUGUUGCCACGGGGGGGUAAAGUUCCAUGUGCUGCUCCUCCGAGCCUUGAUUCUGGGCACUCCAGGGCGGCCAGGCCCAGCUCACACCUUCCUACCCACAGGGAGACUCCCGUGGCACAGGCACAUGCCCUGUGGGAUGUGAGUGGCCACCUGGCUUGGGCCCCAACUCCCAUCAGAGAAGCUGGCAGGUCCCGAGCGAGCUGUUCAGGGCACUCAGCAGCCACACACCCAAAGAAUGGGGCUGCCUCGUGCCAGGCCAGGGAUCUGGGGAAGGGCUCAGUGGGCCCUGAGUUCAGAGAGUCCUGGCAGCGGCAGUCAGCAUCCAGGAUGGUCAGCGGUGAGGCCAAGCCCCGUCUUAGUGGAGGGGACGAAGCUGGGCUUUGGAGACUGUGGGGAGCAGGAGACAUCCCUGAGGAAACAAGUGUACAUGCCGCAGAGCCGGAGAGCAGCUCCUGCCACGUGGUUGAUGCUGCUGAGACCAGGGGCUGCCUCUGCCCAGCCGCCCCACCCAGCACGGGCGUGUUCCUGCUGCUGCCCGGCCCGUUGGGCUGAGAGAUUUGGGCAGCGGCGCUAGGGUUGAUGGAGUGGACCAGGCAGGGGCCCAGGGCAGGAACCCCCUGUAGAUGCACAGCCCUGAGCUCAGCAAAUCGGCUGUGGUGACAUCCAGGGAGGGGUGGAAGCCCAGACUCCCCCUAGAAGGACGCUGCCUUUGGCCUUCAGUCCCACGGGGCACAGAUGCCUCCUGGGCUUUCUAGGGCCCGCCAGUGGUCCUGGGGUGGUGGCCUCUGUUGCCCCAGGCCCAGCCUGCCUUAGUUUUAUCGUCGGUCCCCACUGGCACCUGACCUGUGCAGACUCCAGUAAGUGAGUGAGGCUGUCAGAGCCCUCCCAGGCUGGGGGAGAUGGCCCAGCCCCACGUGGCUUCUGUGCCUCCGAGGUGGCCCCCUUGGAGCCCAGCCCUGAGCAGGCGGAGCGGCCGCCACACAGCAGCACAGACCCUGAGCCGGCGCAGUUCCUCCAGCCACGCCAGCUGCACCCUGGGUGUGUCCCUGCUGGGCCCCAAACACCUGUGUCCGUGCCGCCGGCCGCCUCUUCCCUGCCGUGUCACCCCCACCCCUGCCAAGUGUCCUGUGUGUUUUCACUGCAGGUGAUGUGGGAAAGGGCGAGUGUCAGUUCAACGUUCUGGUUCCUUGGGGGCUGUCAGAGCGAUCGCGUGUUCUUUCCAGGGUUUUCUCUGUCUGGGUUUAGAUGCCCACACGUGGGAACAUGUAUUCAAUCCCUGUGCAUACAGAUGGUGCCAUAUACAGAGAGAGGCAUAGAUUGUCUUACAAGAGUGGGGUCGCGUUGCACUGUGGCUUUUUACCUUCUUAGCUUCAUUCAAUCCCAAGCGGCCUCCAAGCCGUCCAGGGAUCCCUGCUGGCCCCUGCCAGGCCCUGUCCGGAGUGCUGAACACAGAGCAGCAAGUGCCACCAGUCCCCAGCCUCUUGGAGCCCGUUCCCUCUGGGCGUCAUAGACAGUCGAGUUCAGCACAUCUCUACGUGGAGUUUCGCAAAAGACGGCCGCUUUGAAAUGGGAGGGCUGCAGCGCCAUGGCCUGGCGAUGCCUGUGAGUGACUACAGUGGGGCCUGGAGGAGGAGCAAGGGAGUGAGUGCAGCCUUGGGGCAGGCGCUGGGGCCUGGAGGAGG